GCAAUCAACCUCAGCAGUGGUGAUAUAAAGGCACUGCGCCGGGAUCGUCAUUCCAUUUGUUGUUGAGUUAGGGCGCCAACGAGGACCCACACGAGCAGACUCUAUAAAAAAUCGAGUUCACACAUAACACAAAGUUCGAUUUCCAUUCGAUUGUUGGCCGCAAGAACUCACUUAACUAACUGCCAAAAUGUGUGACGAUGAUGCGGGUGCCCUGGUUAUUGACAAUGGGUCUGGUAUGUGCAAGGCUGGCUUCGCCGGUGAUGAUGCGCCCCGUGCCGUAUUUCCUUCGAUUGUUGGCCGGCCACGCCACCAGGGUGUGAUGGUGGGUAUGGGUCAGAAAGAUUCCUAUGUAGGCGAUGAGGCGCAGAGCAAAAGAGGUAUACUCACAUUGAAAUAUCCCAUUGAGCAUGGCAUCAUCACAAAUUGGGAUGAUAUGGAGAAAAUCUGGCAUCAUACGUUCUACAAUGAAUUGCGUGUGGCACCUGAAGAGCAUCCAGUAUUAUUGACCGAAGCGCCUCUUAAUCCCAAAGCCAAUCGUGAAAAGAUGACUCAAAUCAUGUUCGAGACAUUCAACUCGCCCGCCAUGUAUGUGGCCAUUCAGGCUGUGCUCUCCCUGUAUGCUUCCGGUCGUACCACCGGUAUUGUUUUGGACUCUGGUGAUGGCGUUUCGCACACUGUACCCAUCUAUGAAGGUUUCGCCUUGCCACAUGCCAUUCUGCGUCUUGACUUGGCCGGUCGCGAUUUGACCGACUAUUUGAUGAAGAUCCUCACCGAGCGCGGUUACUCAUUCACCACCACUGCCGAGCGUGAAAUCGUGAGGGAUAUUAAGGAGAAAUUGUGCUAUGUUGCUUUGGACUUUGAACAGGAAAUGGCUACUGCCGCUGCAUCCACCUCUUUGGAGAAGUCAUAUGAAUUGCCUGAUGGUCAAGUGAUCACCAUUGGUAAUGAGCGUUUCCGUUGUCCAGAGGCGCUGUUCCAGCCCUCAUUCUUGGGCAUGGAAUCGUGUGGCAUUCAUGAGACUGUCUACAAUUCGAUCAUGAAGUGCGAUGUCGAUAUCCGUAAGGAUCUGUAUGCCAACUCGGUCUUGUCUGGUGGUACCACCAUGUAUCCAGGUAUUGCCGAUCGUAUGCAAAAGGAAAUCACUGCCCUCGCACCAUCGACCAUCAAGAUUAAGAUCAUUGCACCACCUGAGAGAAAAUACUCCGUCUGGAUUGGUGGUUCUAUCUUGGCUUCUUUGUCCACUUUCCAACAGAUGUGGAUCUCCAAGCAGGAAUAUGAUGAAUCCGGACCUGGCAUUGUGCACCGCAAAUGCUUCUAAGUCUUUCGAUUAUGAAAGAUUGCUGAAUGCUUUAGCGCAAGAACACUCGCACAAAAUUAGAAUUAACAACAAUAACAAAAACAACAUACCUACGUUUGGAUACUUCGACUGCCAGCAAGACAUCGUGCUGAAAGCGAAUGUAACCACCAAAACCAAAUUCAUGGCGCAGUUAAGAACUUCAAUUACAACAACACAAAAGGCAUUAGUAACAACAAGAACCAAAAGAACGCUACAGUUAUAUAGGGAAAGCAACAACAGUAAAUUUAAGCAAAUCAAUAAGCACACAACGAAUGCUCAAAUUAAUGGCGCCAAAAAUAGUAACAUUAAACACCAUAACAAGAAGAAGAGCGCGCAUAACGGAUAUCAUACGACAGUGCACAUGUGCGCCAUCUGUAGGAAUUCUUUUUGCAUUACAUUGUGUUUGCACGUGAAAUUUCAAAUAAAUUUCAAUUUCCGGAUUUUAAAAAUAAAACUCGUGCAAAGCUGAAAAUGUUUCUUCAAAUGUGCUCACAAAACAAAAAAAUGUAAAACUAAAAAAAAUAUGAAACCAAAUCACCAAAAUUUAGAAAUAAACAACAAGUAAACAAUUAUUUACUUAAUUAAAACGAACACCUUUCCAUUGACUAACCAAAGCUUGAAACAUUAUAUACUAGAGCACAUACAAAAUGGAAGAAAACUAAAUAAGAAAAAAACCAAAAAAAUAUUUAUAAUUUAUAAAAACCAAAGUGCUUUUCUAUUUCAUCUUUUUAAAAUUAUAUUAAACUUAAUUAAAUGAACAACAAAAUCUUUAAGUAAAUUAUUUGAAAUAAAUAAGAA